AUGAGUGAGAUCGCACAUUCACAACCGGCGGGCCCCAUUACAGGCGGCGCGGCCGUGAGAGGUGUCCCCAUCACAAAUCCAGAGGGACAAAAAACUAAUACUCCGGUCAAGACGCGGAGUUUAGACUAUGUCUUGCGAAGUGGUCUAGCCGGAGGAUUGGCAGGUUGUGCGGCCAAAACUGUUGUUGCGCCACUCGACCGAGUCAAGAUCCUUUUCCAGGCCUCAAAUCCACAAUUCGCCAAAUACACAGGCAGCUGGACAGGCCUAGCGGCUGCUAUCCGGGACAUCAAGCGCCAUGAAGGAACUCGCGGCCUCUUCAAAGGCCAUUCCGCUACACUCCUCCGAAUUUUUCCCUAUGCCGCGAUCAAGUUCCUCGCCUACGAGCAGAUUCGCGCCAUCGUGAUCCCCUCCCACGAUAAAGAAACCGCCUUCCGUCGAUUAAUAUCCGGCAGCAUGGCUGGCAUCACGUCCGUCUUCUUCACAUACCCGCUGGAAUUGGUCCGCGUACGACUUGCAUUCGAGACAAAGAAAUCCUCUCGUUCAUCAUUACGAGAUAUUUGUCGCCAAAUCUACAACGAGGGUGUUACGCCUCCAUCUACGGCAUCCGCAUCACCAAAACUCCCCUCAUCCGCUGUCGCCGCCGCAGAAAAUGUCUCUUCAGCCGUAAACUCCGUCGUCCCUCGUUCAGGCCUCGCAAAAUUCUACCGUGGCUUUGCUCCAACUCUCCUUGGCAUGCUUCCUUAUGCGGGUAUGUCGUUCCUCACACACGACACAAUCGGCGACUGGCUUCGCGAGCCGGCCGUGGCGCAAUACACAACCAUCCCUGACUCAGAAGCCAAAUCUUCCCAUAAAACUUCUCGACGGCCCCAACUCACAGCUGCAGCGGAGUUGUUUUCUGGUGCCGUGGCUGGUCUUGUUUCUCAGACUUCCUCAUACCCGCUUGAAGUGAUCCGGCGACGAAUGCAGGUUGGCGGUGCAGUCGGUGAUGGCCGUCGACUUGGAAUCAUCGAAAUAGGUCGCAAAAUCUGGCUUGAGCGUGGGUUCCGCGGUUUCUGGGUUGGUUUGACUAUUGGCUAUAUGAAGGUUGUGCCUAUGGUAGCCACCUCUUUCUUUGUUUAUGAGCGGUUAAAGUGGUCUCUGAACAUUUAA